GCGAAAGCGGGCAGGAUACAACCCACACUCCUCCUUGAAGAACGAGGAAACCAACCCUUUCGUUGCCGCCACACAUUUCUGGCAGCGAAGCAGCACCGUUUCAUAUCUCUACCGUUACCAGUAUAUUCCCACCCGUACACCACCCUACAAUACCUUUUGUCACAGCCUCCUGGUAGCCUAACAUACCGGCGCUGUAUACUGCACGGUAUUUAUCUUCUCCCUGGUCGUUCGCAGCCAUAUCCACCUCCAGAAUCGGAGCCCCUUCACACCCUCUCACUCUUGUUCUCCCUUCCUUCCUUUUAUUUUUUUGCCUACUCCCCCUGCAUACGGUAAAAUAUCGGUAUCACAACUUCUCCUCACUCUUUCCAACUUCAUCCCACGAAAUUUCCUUUGUUUCCAACCCCCGAAGCGCCACAAUUUAUCCUCGCCCCGUGUGGCUGACCCUCUGCCCCCUCUUCCCCUUCAAGUCUCCUUUGCAGAAACCUUUUCAGAUCUCUCCUCCAUCCGCCUCACACCUAAGGUCACUUUCUCAAGAGUGGCAGAAAGAGAGAGACAACAUCCGGACACGCCACCCGCUCGUGUCCCCUUGGUCUCUCGUAAGAUAGCACAAAGCAAAUUAUUCAACGCUCUUUCUAUCCUUGCUAAGAAAUAAAGGGGGGAGGGCAUAACCAAAGGGAAAGGAAAAAAAAAAAGGCAGGAACGGAGAUCUCCCUCUGUCGCUGCCUUGUCCUUGGAAUCAACCUGCAGUCCGGUGCCUCUAACCACCCUACUUUGCAACCUACCUUCCCUUCCACAGCCGCUGCAUCGCUUUGUCGGUGGAGCUUUCACGUCUCCCCUUCCUCACACCCUCCACCCCCGUCACUCGACGCGUCGACGGAUCCACUCCCUCGCGCGUUCACCUAUAUCCCCUAGUCUGUCUAGUCUGUUUUCGCUUGCCGCUCAUCCCCCACGAUGAUGAGUUCCAUCGCAAACAACAUGCCUAUGGCAACACAGAUUGGUUCCCUCCCGAGCUCUCUUUCUAAAGAGCAAGCACAAGUAGUGUAUCAGGUUAGUUUGCCCAUUCCCAAUAAACCCAUGCACUCAUGCCCUAAGUUAUUGACAAAAAUGGAAAACAGAAAUGGCGAGAUCUAAAAGCUCAAGGCGCAAGCGAAGCGACUCAUCCAGAAUUUGCCCACCUCUCAAGCAUUCUGAACGCGAUCAGACAACAGCAAGCCUACAAAAGUCAGAUGCAACAGCAGCAGCAGCCGUUAAAUAUGCGACAGAUGCAGCAGCAGCAGCAGCUUCAUCUGCAACAACAGCAACAGCAGAGAGCACAGCAAGUUCCUGUUUCGCACAAUGGUGCUUCUCAGCUUAAUGGUACGGUUGGUCCUCGCACUCCUAUCCACCAAUCUCUAACACUUUUGCUAUAGGUCGUUCACCUGCUCAUCCUCAACAACCUCACCCAAAUAAUAUUGCUUCGUCUCCACAGCAGCGCCCUGCUGCUGACUGCCUGCCUUCGGCAAAUGGGGUUGGAGUCUCUCAGCCAUCGUCGGUACCCUCGGUGCUCCCAAAGAAUGCGAGUAGCCCUAAUUCAACUUUUACGCAAGACCAGCUUGGCAUUCUCAGAAAUCAGAUUAUGGCCUUCAAAAUGAUUUCGAAAAACCUUGCGGUCCCCCAAUUGAUUCAGAGCGCGAUAUUCUCUUCGUCUGUUCCCAAGCACGACAUCAUUAGUUCCGAGGUCGCCGCAGCCAACGCCGUGGUUGACCCAGCUGCUAAAGAGGCGGUUGAGGUCGAGAAGCCUGAAGAAGCCCCUAGAAAGAGGCGAUCCGGAUACGAAACGUUCACGUGUCCUUGGGCUAGUCUCCAACCAAAGAUCAACUAUCACGAUCACGGGUCCCGGGCUAAGAGGUUAAUGAUUCCUAGUAUUAUGCCCUCGGGUAUCGAUGUUUCACGACUACAGGAGGAGCGUGAGCGUGUUAUCUUCAAUCGGAUUAGCGCCCGCAAGGCUGAAUUGGAAAACCUACCCAGCAAUAUCGGGGAAGUUGAUACCAAAAAGACCUCCACUGUUCUCUCGGAUUCUCUAAAGUUGAAGGCAUUGAUUGAGUAUAAGGCACUAUGUUUGUUGCCAAAGCAGCGCGCCCUCCGACAGGAGAUGGUUAAUUCGAUGGUGCAUGCUGAAAACCUAGCUGUUACGUCUAAUCGUGCCAUGUUUCGUAGGAUGAAGAAGCAGUCGUUGAGAGAAGCUCGCAUUACCGAGAAACUGGAGAAACAGCAGAGGGAUCAACGUGAGCAACGUGAGCGACGCAAGCAUCAAGAAUACUUACAAGGUGUCAUCGCGCACGGGCAAGAGAUUAAAGGGGAUGCUAGAGCUAGAGAUGUAAAGGCGCAGAAGUUGGGACGCAUGAUGUUGCAACAUCACCAGCACAUGGAGAAGGAAGAGCAAAAGAGGAUGGAGCGAACUGCCAAACAGCGUCUAUUGGCACUGAAGGCUAACGACGAAGUUGCAUACCUCAAACUGCUUGACCAGGCCAAGGAUACCCGUAUCACGCACCUCUUGCGGCAGACUGAUUCCUUCUUGGAAUCUCUCGCUGCUAGUGUCCGACAGCAGCAAAGAGAUGCCGUUGAGACGUAUGGUAAGCCAGAGGGCUAUCAGGAACCCGAGAGCGAAGAUGAGGAGGAAGAUUCCACCGGCGAGAAGAUCGAUUACUAUGCUGUUGCGCACCGUAUCAAAGAAACCGUCAGUGAGCAACCGACUAUAUUGAGCGGAGGAAAACUCAAGGAUUAUCAAUUGAAGGGUCUUCAGUGGAUGAUUUCACUGUACAACAAUAAUUUGAAUGGUAUCCUGGCAGACGAGAUGGGUUUGGGUAAAACUAUCCAGACAAUUUCAUUGAUUACCUACUUGAUUGAACGGAAGAAGCAAAAUGGGCCUUUUCUGGUCAUUGUUCCACUCAGGUAGGUUUUAUUGAAUCCAUACCACUUUAUUUCUUGGGAUGCUAAUGUUCAUGGAAGCACCCUGACUAAUUGGAAUCUUGAAUUUGAAAAAUGGGCUCCGGGUGUCGGGAAGAUUGUCUACAAAGGCCCUCCGGCGGUUCGGAAAAACCAGCAGUAUGACAUCAAAUUUUCUAAUUGGCAGGUCCUCCUGACAACCUAUGAAUACAUCAUUAAGGAUCGACCGCUUCUCAGCAAGGUGAAGUGGAACUACAUGAUCAUCGAUGAAGGUCACCGAAUGAAGAACAGUCAGUCGAAGCUCAGCGCUACAUUGACAACAUACUACAACUGUAGAUAUCGUUUGAUCCUAACCGGUACCCCACUCCAAAACAAUCUGCCAGAAUUGUGGGCUCUUUUGAACUUUGUUCUGCCAACAAUCUUCAAGUCGGUAAAGAGUUUUGACGAAUGGUUCAAUACUCCGUUUGCAAAUACUGGUGGUCAAGACAAAAUGGAACUCACUGAAGAAGAGGCUCUGUUGGUUAUUCGUCGCCUCCACAAAGUUCUUCGGCCCUUCUUGUUGCGCCGUCUCAAAAAGGAUGUGGAGUCGGAGCUACCGGAUAAGGUCGAGAAGGUCAUCAAGUGCAAGUUUUCUGCGCUUCAGCAAAAGCUAUACCAGCAGAUGAUGAACAACGGCAUCCUCUACGUGAAUGAACCCGAUAAAGGCGGAAAACUAGGCGUUAGGGGGCUCAGUAAUAUGAUCAUGCAGCUCCGUAAGCUCUGUAACCAUCCGUUCGUCUUCGAGGAGGUCGAAAACGCAAUCAAUCCUACUAAAGUCAACAACGAUGCUCUAUGGCGUACGGCUGGAAAGUUUGAACUACUUGACCGUCUACUCCCCAAAUUCUUCGUUACCAAACAUAGGGUUUUGAUGUUCUUUCAAAUGACCCAAAUCAUGAACAUCAUGGAGGACUUUCUUCAUCUCCGAGGAUUCCGGUAUCUACGACUCGAUGGUUCUACCAAGGCCGACGACCGUUCCUCUCUUUUGAAAGAAUUCAACGCACCCGGUUCGCCUUACUUCAUCUUCUUGCUCUCGACCCGUGCUGGUGGUUUAGGUUUGAACUUGCAAACGGCCGAUACGGUCAUUAUUUACGAUUCCGAUUGGAAUCCCCACCAAGAUCUACAGGCGCAGGACCGUGCCCACCGUAUCGGACAGAAGAACGAGGUCCGAAUUCUUCGAUUAAUUACGUCAAACUCGGUCGAGGAACGAAUUCUUGAGCGCGCUCAGUACAAGUUAGACAUCGAUGGAAAGGUUAUCCAGGCUGGUAAGUUUGAUAAUAAGUCUACUAAUGAGGAACGAGACGCAUUAUUGCGUGUGAUGCUGGAGGCCGACGACAAGGAUGUUGGGGAUAGUGAGGAACUCGACGAUGACGAGCUCAAUGAAAUUAUUUCUCGCAACGACAAUGAAUUAACCCUCUUCAAGCAAAUGGACGUUGAUCGCGAGAAGAACUCCAUAUAUGGCAAAGGCAAACAUCUAGAUAGGCUAUAUACUGAGGCCGAGUUACCAGAAAUCUAUCUCCACGAUGACCUCAUCCCCAUCGAGGAGCCGACAGGUCCUGUUGGUAGGGGCGCUCGUGAGAGAAAGAUUACCAAUUAUGAUGACGGCUUAACAGAAGAACAAUGGUUAGAUGCAAUCGAUAAUGAUGAUGACACGAUUGAGGAUGCUGUUCGGCGCAAGCGCGACAGAAUUGAGCGGAGGCAGAUAAACAAGGCAAGAAGGGCAGGUGAGCUGUCUGAAAGCUCUCCGCCACCAGAUAGUCCUGGCGUUGGGGAUACGCCUCCUGCAGUGCAGCCUAAACGAAAACGUGGUCGCAAACCGGCUGCUGAAAAGCGCCGUAUUGAAGAGGUUGAAGAACCAAAGGUAGGUUGUUCAUGUCGCCUUAUGGCAUUCUAGUACUAACCGCUCCAGACACAUCCCCGGAAACGGCAACGCACGGCCAAGGGCUACGCCCCGCCAGAUAUCGUCUCCCCUGGAAACCGCGCGAUGUUGCAGAGAUCAUGCGAAGCAAUCUUCCACGCAGUCCACAUCCUUGAAGACUCAGAAACUGAACGUGUCCGUUCUGAGAUCUUUGAAAAACUCCCAAGCAAAAAGCUAUUUCCUGACUAUUACCACAUAAUCAAGCAGCCUAUAUCCUUCAAUGAAAUUAAGAAGCGUAUCAGAAACGGCGACUACUUAGACCUCGAGGGCUUCCAUGCUGACUUUAAACUCAUGUUCAAUAAUGCUCGCACGUAUAACGAGGAAGGCUCCAAAGUCUAUGAAGAUGCGAACGCCAUGGACGUGAGUACCCUUGCCCCCUUUUUUCCCUUUUUGUUACAUGCUCACCCUAAUAUUUAUUACCAUAUAGGCCGAAUUCGACCGGCGCUAUGCCGAAGAAAAGAAAACCCUUGAUACUCUCACAAACCCCGAGCACUCCUCCGCCGCUGGAGACGGGACAUCCACUGGUCCUAUCUCAAGCGCUGGGACCCCCGCCGCUGUCGCCAAUACAACGGGCAAUGGCACACCUCGCAUUCGAAUAAAAUCCCGUGCACCAGCCGCAGCCGCUGCCACAAGCGCAGCGAGCAGAGCUUCUCCACCAGAUGAAGGUGACAGCGAUGAAUCGGAAUAGAAACUCGUAACCCAGGCUAAAAAAUCUGGUUUGUGGUAGUGGGACCUUCUGGGAUGGGAUAACAUGUGGGGGAUUUCUAGCCAAGAGCUGUCUUUCUACUUCCCGUUUUCUAGUCUUGUUACGUGCUUCCUUUUUUCUUUACCCCUUAGUAAGUUUUUCCCUAGUACGAUGGUGGAAGUUGCUGGUUGGAUGGCUGGUCGCUUCGCUUCGCUAUUGUCCUUCUUUCACUACUGUUCUUUGCCGCAUUUUCCACGGUUUUUGAUAGCUGAAUCUGAGUGGGGUUUGUACGAUAUAUUUCUCGUUUUAAAUCAUUGGAUGGGUUGUGGCGGAGGUAAGAUGAGAUUCGACUAGGCUGGAUAGGACGGGUAAGAGGUGGAAGACCGGUUACACAGUCUUGUCGAAUUCUUGUUGCUUGGGUCUCAAAAAAUACAUUUUUUUACCGUUACCCCAAGGCUUGGCUUACCUGUGGUCCCGUGCGGUGGGGCGUCUUGACGAGAUGUGCGAGACAUGUGCAAGACGGCAUCUAGCACGAACAGACACGGUAAAUCACCUGUAUGAUGACAAGUCUGGUGCGCGUGAAUCAAAAGUAUGUCAUAUCGAAGGACGAUCGUCCUCCUUAUUGCUGAUACCCGUAUAAUUCUACACAAGUUAUCCUUCAUACAGCGAACAUUAGAAGUCCUAGAUUCCAACCAGCGUCCCGGUCGGGGAUCACCCCCCUCACGCCGCCCACCCGCAACGGAAGCGUGUCCACGCGCUUAACUGAUCAGCAUCGCAGAAUGACUCAAGUCGGGAAGGGCAUAAUCUCCAGCAUUGACAGGUUUGCCCUACCAGCGUGGUCUCGAAUUCACGUGAGGAGAAACCCGCGGACUACUAUAAUAGAAUUCAAAGAGUUUGAUUCAACCCAUUCUUGCGGGCAGGGGAAGGGAUGGAGGGGAAAUUGUACCAGUAAAUUGAGCGAUAUUUGUUGCAUAGAGCAAAGCAUACCUUUUGAGUGCAAAGCACCUAGGUCACGUGGCUAGCCUUGCUCACGACCUGAAGGGUUCAGAGUACCUUUUUCUAUGGACUCACAUAAAAUAAGUUACUUUUAGACUUGGUAAUACUUCUAUAAGCCACUGAUCCAAUUACACUGCUUUCCAACUAUACUCCUAGGAGGAGGUCUACGUAAUUUCCUACCUAAUAUUAAAAUUUAAUUGUUUUUAAGAAGGCAGUAAAGAAGGUAGUAGAUGUUGUAGCUUUGAAAAUGUAGAUUUUUUUUUUCAUAUUUAGUAUGAAAACUCAUCACAUACAGAAUGAUUUGUCCUAGUACUUUGCAAUCAUUUCAGAGAAACUUGAUAGUUGGAAAAUAUUGGAUUUCAAGAAUUUUAAAUUGGUAUCUAGAAAUAUUAGCAAAUGUUGGACGUAGGAUAGUGCACUAGUAUAAUAUAGAGAGUAAGCUAAAGAUAAUAUUAUUACUAAUAGGUCAAGUAGGAUGAGAAGCAUGUAUUAAUUAUACUUUGUUAAAAGAAUAUUUAUACUAAUAUAUAGGGAGAACUACCCCUGAAAACAAGCAGAAAAAUAAAUAAAAAAAUAAAAAAAAAAACCAGAAACUGAAUUCAAGAGUCAGAGUAAUUAAAAAUAAAUUUGAAACUAAACAACAGACAUUUUGGAAAAAGGUGGCAAAGUAAAUCAUUGAAUAAUGCAAAUAGUAUUAUUGAAU